AUGCUGUCAACCGUCCCCCUCAAUGCGGGACGUCGGCGCGUGUUUGGCUCGGUCUUCUCCCCCGCGUCGCUCGAAGCCCGCCCGCCGACCUUCGCGUCGGCUUUCGAUCACGACCCGACAGACGCUCCUUCAUUCCAGGGAUCCAUUGGCUCAUCCUCGACGGUCAAAGCCGAUUCCCAAACAUCGUUUAUUUCGACCCACGAUAGCCAAGACAUAUGGAACCAUGCCUGGCGUGCGGCGACGGCAUUUCUGGCGGUUCCCGACCGCGGGUUCGCGCCGCUCUAUAAGUUUCGAGAAACAGAUGGAAGCGAAGCCCUGAAGGAAUGGAACCGGCUCAGUCCUCCAUCGAAGGAGACUGCCGAGGCCUUGGCGUAUCUGACUGCUUCGGGCCAACCCGUGAAGAGCCCCGAGAGUGUGGCUGCUGUGCGGGCUUUAUUUGAAUGGUAUGGUGAUGAGAUACGGCGGCAUUUUCUUGUCAACCUUCGAGCUGGAUUAUACGAGCUCCUCGAGAGCUCGGACAAAGAAGGUCUCCUACGGAUGAUCGUAGACUGCUUGCAACUAGCACGUCGAAUAUACCUGGCGCCAAUUGUCCACUACCUAUUGCCAUUACUGGCUACCCCCGAGCAAGGACUGGUGUUGACGCAGCUGCAGCGCGGUUUGCAUACGGUGGUUUCGUAUUCCCUGCCGUGGUCGCGCAUAUCAACACUUCUUGCUGGAGAAAUCACCCGGGAUGCUUUGGUGAUUUUGAGCAUUGAUUCUUUACUGGAAGAUUCGGACGCCGAUGAUGCCAGUCAAGACGAAAUGGAAGUGGAUCGGCAAUACUCCGUGUCGUACGAGGACUGGAAACAGGAGACCCCUGAAGCGCGAGCACAGAUGAUGACGGAAGGCGAGGAUGGUCGGGUCACUAUGGCGCGGGACCGACUUCUGGCUUUUCUCAAUGCGCUGCAGCUCGUCGGCCUUGGCGGUGACAAGGCCCAGAAGGUGUUCGCGAGUGUGAUGAAUGUCAUGAUGACUGCAUUCGUUCGCGCUGCGUAUACCGGCCAGUGGGAGACGCCCACAUCCGUACCGCAACACCUGCGGCAAUGGAUUGAGAACGUCUUUGCACGGCUCGCGGUGCAGGUUCUGGCUAUUAUCCACACGCCUCCAGCCGGAAUUCAAGCCUCGAGUGGGCUUGAUGUGAGCUUUGGAGAUGUGGAAAAGUGGCAAGAAAUUGGCAUUGCUCGGCUUGGAGCCCUGCGCACCAGUGAACUCUUCGACGUGAUCGUUGAAUGGCCUGCAAGCACUGGGGCUGUGGAGGAUCUACGACACUUCACAACCCAUCCCGCGGCGCGGGCUUAUGUCACGCAAUCCUUUAUUGCGAGCCUGAACCAGCGGCUGUUACACCCAGGAGCCUCCACGGUAGAGAUCUUGCAGCUGUAUAUCUCGAUUAUUCGAGUCUUCCAUCUCCUCGAUCCAAAGGGUGUUCUUCUUGAUCGCAUCGCUCGGCCGAUCAGGCGGUAUCUGAGAGACCGUGAUGACACGGUCAAGGUGAUUGUUGGUGGUCUUCUCGCGGAGCCACCGCCGGCUGGUGCACCGGCCGUGUCUGCCAGCGGCGACACUCUGGUAGAGCUGGCAGCGGAGCUGAAUAAGGCGCACCAGAAUUCCCUGCGGACUAACAUGGGUGAACUGGAUUACGAUGACAUGAACUGGGCGCCGGAUCCUGUAGACGCGGCGCCCGACUAUCGCAAGUCGAAGAGCUCUGAUGUCAUUGACAGCCUGGUCAGUCUGUUCGACUCGAAGGAGACGUUUGUGAAGGAGAUGCAGACUCUCCUCGCAGACCGGCUGCUCCAGAACCGGGAAAUGUACGACCAGGAGACAUCUGUUCUGGAACUGCUCAAGCUGCGGUUCGGCGAUUCGGCAUUGCAGGCAUGCCAAGUGAUGCUUCGAGAUAUACACGAUUCUCGACGCCUCGAUACCACCGUGCGAAAGGACCAGGGGCUGUCCAAGCCUCUUCCGGGCAGUCGGCCAGAUUCCGCAAGGCAACAUCCAGAGAUGCACGCCAAGGUUCUCUCGCGUUUCUUCUGGCCGGAAAUCCAAGACCAGGAAUUCAAGGUUCCAGACGAGAUUGCAGCACUGCAGCAGCGGUACGAGGCCGGCUUCGAGGCCCUCAAGCAGUCGCGCAAGCUCACAUGGCGUAACGGCCUGGGCCAAGUGACUGUCGAGCUGCAGUUUGAAAAUCGCACCUUCGUCGACGAGGUGACAACGUGGCAGGCGACUGUGAUUUAUGCCUUCCACUCCGAAUCCGAGUCGGGCGAGCCCGUGACAAGGACAGUCACCGAUCUCUCCAACGAGCUUGAGAUGGCCGUGGCUCUCGUCCGCAGCGCGUGUCUGUCCUGGGUUAGCAAGCGUAUCCUAACCGAAGUCCAGCGCGACACCUUCCGCGUCCUUGAAGUUCUCCCCUCCGAGACCGAGCACAACGGCUUGGCGGAUGGACCGGAUGCUUUUGGUAUGGAGGGCGCCGGCGGUGCCCCCGGUGACGCUGUCGAUGCCGCCGUGGCGGCAGAGGCAGCUGCAGCAGCCGCUGCCAAGGAGUCGGCCGAAGCGGCCGCCAUGGAGAAGAUGAAUCUGUACUGGCAGUUCAUCGUGGGCAUGCUCACCAACCAGGGGCCCAUGCCUCUGCAGCGCGUCAUCAUGAUGCUGAAGAUCGUCGUGCCCGGUGGAUUCCCGUUUAGUAAUGAAGAGCUGCGCGAGUUCUUGGCUGGUAUGGUUUCCCGAAGGAAGUUGGAGAUUGUGAGUGGCGGCAACUACAAAAUCGUGCAUUAG